CUGAGCCGGCACUGACACCUCUGGCCACCCCCAGUCAGGAGCUUGCACAGACACGACCGGUCCCGCAGCCGGAAGCACAUUUGGAUACCAUCGUGCUGGGACGCGCCACGGACAUUCACGGAAGGAUGGGUUCUGCCGCAAGGAGAUGGGUCUACCUUCCCCUGGGCUGCAUCAUGCUGUUCAGUCUCACGAAGGCUAACUUUGAGUUUCAAAAGGGAGUCCUUGCCAGCAUCAGCGCGGGCAUCACAGAAGAUGUGGAUCUUCAGUGCUGGAACACAUGCUCUCUGACACUCAUAGACCUCAAGGAACUCAAGAUAGAGCACAAUGUGGAUGCUUUCUGGAAUUUCAUGUUGUUCUUGCAAAAAUCUCAGCGGCCCGGGCAUUACAGUAUCUUCUUAAACAUAGCCCAAGACUUCUGGGACAUGUACAUAGACUGUUUGCUUUCAAGGUCUCAUGGAAUGGGCAGAAGACAGGUGGUAUCUUCCAACUAUAAUUUUCCACAGAAAAUGACAAGAGGUGAUUUGAAGGUAUACCUACGGAAGUAG